AUGUCUCCUUCUACCAAACCUGAGCGGGUUCUAAAAGUCCGCGUUCCCCGCCACAACUCCCAGCGCAUCGGGCCGGUCCUCACCUCACACGUCGAGACCGUUGCCCACAAUGAGCGUACUCGCGCCGACGUAAGGCAGACGGCUCUUGAGCCCACCAGUGCGCUCGCGCAGGCUAUUGAGAGCGCGUCGGAUUGGAACUCGCUUCUCCUGACCGCCCGCGCAGCACGAGGACCGCAGUGGGAUGUAGGCACUCAACAGUGGUUCGUGGACGAGCGCUCCGAGCUCUACUACGACCCAACGCCACUGCUCGAAUACCAGAAGGAGUACCAACAGAACAACUCCGACGAGCCUUCAUCCUCCUCACGUCAGUCCCAACGACAACAGCAGCAGCAAGACUCCGUGAACUCCCCCCGCAUGCACCGCGGCUCCAUGCCCCCGGGCGGCAUGACCCCCUCCAUGUCGCACAGCCAGCUCUACGGCCAGCAGCAGCAGAUGGCGUCCCCGCGGCAUCCGUACCCCGGCCCGAACCAAGGCAUGGGCGGGCCCUACGGCGGCAUGGCGCCCAUCCCCCCGGCCCAGUUCUAUGGGGGGGACGGCGUCCCGCCGUCUCCUAUUUCGCGUGGGCCGGGCCCCGGCAUGGGCAUGAGUCCGGGCAUGGGCAUGGGGCAGGGGAUGGGCAUGAACCCGGGCAUGGGCAUGGGCGGCAUGGACGGCUCACUCUCGCCCGAGGUGCGGCGGCGGGUGACGCGGGGGAUGAGCAUGGACGAGUUUGGGAACAUGCAUUAG